AUGCUGCUCACGUUGUGCAAGUCAUGCCAGUACUGUUUGGAGACAAUGUAUUGGAACUGCUGCGAGGAGCGGUUUUGCUUCGACAAGAAGAUAGCCACAUACAAACUAGAAGACAAUGUGACACACACAAACGGCUACUUAAAUAAUGGAGCGAGCCUCGACAGCGUGGUCACGGAGCAACCAGUCAACAACAACCAUCUACCACCCCGAGCCAUCUUUGGGAGGGAGGUGAAAGAAGUUCCGUUACACGCUGAUAAACUAUACGAGGUAUUCUCCAAGUCUCUAAUAUUCAGAGAAGAUCACGAACUGAAAACGAAAUCCACCAAUUCCUUGGACGAAUUAGAAACUAAAUCAGAACCAGACUACUUUAGCAAUAGACCUAACAGAACCAAAGUGUACUUUGAGGACGAAAUAAAUUCACCAGUGACUGACUUUGAAAUUAUGUUUAAAGACGAGCUUCUCGCCAACCACGACAUGUUCAAGAUCGACGAAGAAGGAGAAAGCGACCGAUAUAGCCAGGACACAGAAGAAGGAUUGACCAUGAAUGUAGCUGUGAAGAAACAGGACGUUGUCAAACCUAGUACGGUGACCAUUAAAGACGAAUCCAAGAUUACCAUACCGUACCCUAUUUAUAAAUAUGAACCUCUUAGCGCUUUAACCAUGCCCUCGGCCUUGUCUCUACCACGCGUUGAAUCCGUCAAGGGAAUCUUGCGGACGAAAGAAGAUUUAACAAGAAGUAACAGCGCCAAGACUUUAGAGAGAGUCGAGAGUAACAGUAAAAUAUCUAGACCAGUUCUGAAUAGAGUGGAGAGCUUAAUUAGCAUAGAUCCUAAUAAGAUGAACAAAGUUUUAGCAAGAGUGCCACAUAGAAGCGCUUCUUUCCUGAACAUUCCUGACCAUUUGGCUCCUGAGAAACCUCCGUUAAUCAAGAGUAAAUCGAUGGUUGGAGUAUUAUUAGCCACUGACGAGCUAAAACUCGGCCAAUUACCUGAUACUCCUAUCAUAAAAAGCACGAACUUACCAAGAUUCUUUGCAGAAGGUCCCGCUUUACCUGAGUACAAAGGAGAAACUUCCUUGCAGAGCAUAAGGCAGAAGUCAGCUUUAAUGUACCAAGAAGAUUACAGCAUGCCGCGGUACUACGGAACUGUGGCUAAAGCUACGGAACACACGCCGGUCCAUGAGAGCAAAUCGAUGCCAGACCUGAGGAACCCUGUGACGUCAUCGACGUCUUCUGGCAAAGUGAGUAAGAGACUGGUGAAGUUAAGGAGCAGGUUAAAGCCUUUGGUGAUAAAAAAGAAUUCUAACGAAAGAUUGUAA